AUGUGUGUCGCCAGCUGCUCCAGGUGUGUGGGUGUGUCUCUUGUUCCCAUGGCAUUUGUGUGCAUGCUGGCCAAUGGCCUGUUGCUGUUGCCAGACCUUAAGGCACGCUACCUGUUGGACGGUCACGUGACCAGAGAGGCCAGGUGGGGCACAGGCCUGUGGGCCUCUGGAAUCCUGGUUCUUAUUGGAGCUCGGGGGUUUGUGAUUGGCAGCUCAAGGGAAGGCUGCUGUGCAUACAGGAUAGAGAUGCUGUGCCAAGUGGGUUGUUCCUGCGUGGCUCUUGCUGCUGCAACCUUUUGCUGCCUAGUGAGCGCUACAGGACUGGUGCAGGGACCACUGUGUCUGCACAACAGCACACAAGGUCUGGCCUGGGAGAUGCCACUCAAACAACAGAAAAGCGGAGAUCCCGUCUACCUGUUUGAUAGAACAUUAUGGCCGGCGGCCUGCGAGGAGCCACGGAACGUUGUUCAAUGGAAUGUAGUGCUGUUUUCUGUUCUCAUGGCAACCAGUGGACUGCAGGCCGUCCUUUGUGCAGCACAUACAAUCAAUGCUAUCCUGGGCAUAAUAUUUGGGCCAAGAUUCUGCAAAAACAAGGUCAGUCCAGCUUGAGGACAUCAUCCAGGAACCUAAUUAGGAGCAGGAAGGAAGGACCUCCCGAAGGAAGUACUGUAGUUACUAGAUGCUGAUCUUAGGUCAGUUUUACAUAUUUCGCCCUAAUGGAUGAGAUCAGGAUUGCGGAGGUUUAGCUGAUCCUGGAUCUAUGUCUACAGGGAGCUUCUACCACCGCUAAACAUUGGUUCUGGUCACCAGUCAGCGUUUCACGAACUAAGAAGCAGACUUGCACUUUAAAGAAAAAAUCCUAAAAUAGCAUAUAUUUUUUAAUAUGAUUUUAUUUUGUUUUGAUAAGCUAACAGUGUAAAACAGGGAGACAAAAAGGCAGAUUUAGAAGAGGAUAGAGGUAGAUGGGAUGGGGAGAAGUUGUUUGAGUGAUUUCAAAAAAACAUCUUUAAGUUUCAUAUACCUAGAUGAUACCAUUCAGACAGCAAGUUGGCACUCUUCCUGUUGACAGUAUGUACACGUUAUUAUAUUGCAAACAUUAUUUAAGAGGCACAUAGUGUGUACUGCUGAACAAUUGUGAAGCUGUGAUCUUAUAUAUAGUCAUUUUGUUAAUUAUAUUAUUGUCAUAGUCUAAUUUCAUGAAGUUUGAUCAAACCUACAUCCUCUAGUGGGGUGCAGGGCAAAAAAAAGUUGGUAUGAAAGAAAUAGAACCCGCACACUCAAGCUCAAUCACGUACCUUUAUUCAAAUCAAAUCCAAUUUUAUUGUUCACAUACACAUGGUUAGCAGAUGUUAUUGUGAGUGUAGCGAACUGCUUGUGCUUCUAGUUCCGACAGUGCAGCAAUAUCUAACAAGUAAUAUCUAACAAUUCCACAGCAAGUACCUAAAACACACAAAUCUAAGUUAAGGAAUAGAAUAAGAAUAUAUAAAUAUAUGGAUGAGCAAUGUCAGAGCGGCAUAGGCAAGAUGCAAAACAUAGUAUAGAUUACAGUGUUUACAUAUGAGAUGAGUAAUGCAAGAUAUAUAAACAUUAUUAAAGUGGCAUUAUUAAAGUGACUAGUGUUCCAUUUAUUAAAGUGGCCAAUGAUUUCAAGUCUGUAUGUAGGCAGCAGCCUCUCUGUACUAGUGAUGGCUGUUUAACAGUCUGAUGGCCUUGAGAUAGAAACUGUUUUUCAGUCUUUCGGUCCCAGCUUUGAUGCACCUGUACUGACCGAGCCUUCUGGAUGGUAGCAGGAUGAACAGGCAGUGGGUCGGGUGGUUGUUGUCCUUGAUGAUCUUUUUGGCCUUCCUGUGACAUCGAGUGCUGCUGUAGGUGUCCUGGAGAGCAGGUAGUUUGCCCCCGGAGAUGCGUUGUGCAGACCCUGCUGUUGUGGGCGGUGCAGUUGCCAUACCAGGUGGUGAUACAGCCCAACAGGAUGCUCUCCACUGUGCAUCUGUAAAAGUUUGAGGGUUUUAGGUGACUGGUGCUGUUGCGCCUUCUUCACCACACUGUCUGUGUGGGUGGACCAUUUCAGUUUGUCAGUGAUGUGUAUGCCAAGGAACUUAACUUUUUACCUUCUCUACUGCUGUCCCAUUGAUGUGGAUAGGGUGUGCACCCUCUGCUGUUUCCUUAAGUCACGAUCAUCUCCUUUGUUUUGUUGACGUUGAGUGAGAGGUUAUUUUCCUGACACCACACUCCGAGAGCCCUCACCUCCUCCCUGUAGGCUGUCGUUGUUGGUAAUCAAGCCUACUGUGGGCCUCCUGAGUGGCGCAGUGGUCUAAGGCACUGCAUCGCAGUGCUAGCUCUGCCACUAGAGAUCCUGGCUCUGUCGCAGCCGGCCGUGACCGGGAGACCCAUGGGGCGGCGUACAAUUGGCCCAGCGUCGUCUGGGUUAGGGGAGGGCUUGGCCUGCAGGAAUGUUCUUGUCCCAUCGUGCUCUAGCGACCCCUGUGGCGGGCCGGGCGCAAUGCACGCUGACUCGGUCACCAGGUGUACGGUGUUUCCGCACAUUGGUGCGGCUGGUUUCUGGGUUAAGCGGGUAUUGUGUCAAGAAGCAAUGCGGCUUGGCUGGGUUGUGUUUUGGAGGAUGUACGGCUCUCAACCUUCACCUCUCCCGAAUGCGUACAGGAGUUGCAGUGAUGAGACAAGACUGUAACUACCAAUUGGAUACCAUGAAAUUGGGGAGAAAAAUGUGUAAAAAAAUAAAAUAAAAAUAGUCUCAAAGCACUUCAUGAUGACAGAAGUGAGUGCUACGGGGCGAUAGUCAUUUAGUUCAGUUACCUUUGCAUUCUUGGGUACAGGAACAAAUAGUGGCCAUCUUGAAGCAUGUGGGGACAGCAGACUGGGACAGCAGACUGGGAUAGGGAGAGUUUUAAUGAGGACACGGCUAGGGAUGCCGUCUGGCUUUGCGAGGGUUAACACGUUUAAAUGUCUUACUCACGUCGGCCACGGAGAAGGAUAGCCCACAGUCCUUGGUAGCGGGCCGCGUCUGUGGCACUGUAUUAUCCUCAAAGCGGGCAAAGAAGGUGUUUACUUUGUCUGGAAGCAAGACGUCGGUGAAAGAUUAGUGGAAUCUGUGUGGGUAGCUGGACAAGUAGGAUGACUGACAGUGAAGGUGAACAGGUGGUCACGUGUCAGGUGACAGAGGAAUGGAUGAGACUGAGGCAGAAAUUCCUUUAACCAUAAAGUGGUAUAUUUACUGAGUAGUCUGUGGUGGAUUCAUUGACGCACAGAACUUCGAGCAGACGGAGUUAAGGAAGAGAAAGCAGCGAGAUCAGGCGAUGCCGUUUUCCUCCUUUUAUGUGGAUGAGAUCUGUCGGUCAUUGCCACCUGACCUAAUUAAAGUGCCCUGGCCCAGCUGAGUAAGUGGCCAUGAAUUAAAGGAUUAUUCCACCAACUCCAUGGGCCUUUUCUACAGUCGGUGUCCGUGACUUGGCUGGUUUUCCCUUUUGUAGUCCCGGAUUGUCUGUAGACCCUGCCACAUACAUCUCGUGUCUGACUCGUUCAAUUGCGACUCUUUUGCUCUAUAGAUACUGACAUUUUGCUUGUUUGAUUGCCUUGGAGUGAAUAACUACACUGUUUGUAUUCGGCCAUAUUCCCAGUCACCUUUCCAUGGUUAAAUAAGGUGGUUCGCCGCCAUUUAUCCACGGUUUCUGGUUAAGGUAGGUUUUAAUAGUCACAGUGGGUACAACAUCUCCUAUACACUUCCUUAUAAACUCAGUCACCAAAUCAGCGUAUAUGUCAAUAUUAUUCUCUGAGGCUACCUGGAACAUAUCCCAGUUCGCUUGAUCAAAACAAUCUUGAAGCGUGGAUUCCGAUUGGUCAGACCAGCAUUGAAUAGUCCUUAGCACGGGUACUUCUUCUUUGAGUUUCUACCUAUAGGGAGGGAGAAGCAAAAUGGUGUCGUGGUCAGAUUUGCCGAUAGGAGGACAGGGGAGGUCCUUCUAUGCAUCGCGGAAGUUAGAGUAACAAAUGUCCAGUGUUUUUCCAGUGCGAGUGCUACAGUCGAUAUGCUGAUAGAAUUUAGAUAGCCUUGUUCUCAAAUUUGCUUUUGAAAAAUCCCCAUCUACAAUAAAUGCAGCUGCAGGAUAUCUGGUUUCCAGUUUGCAUAAAGUCCAGUGAAGUUCCUUUAGGUAUCGGCUUGAGGGGGGAUAUACACGGCUGUGCCAAUAACCGAAGGGAAUUCUCUUGGGAGAUAAUAUGGUUAGCAUUUGAUUGUAAUGAAUUCUAGGUCAGGUGAACAAAAGGAUUUGAGUUCCUGUAUGUUGUUACAAUUACACCAUGAGUCAUUAAUCAUUAAAUCAUUCUUCUUCCUGGAGAGAUUUUUAUUCCUGUCGACGUGACGCACUGAGAAUCCAGGUGGCUGUACCAACUCCGACAGCAUAUCUCGAGAGAGCCAUGUUUCCGUUAAACAGAAUAUGUUACAAUCCCAGAUGUCUCCCUGGAAAGCAACAAACAAACAACAUUUAGAUCCUGCAAGGAUCUUCGUUAGGUCAUUUCACAGGAAGUGUACCACAUCCAUAUUUAUAGACAUAUAGUACAAGCCAAAAGUUUGGACAUAUCUACUCAUUCAAGGGUUUUUCUUGAUUAUUACUA